AUGGGAUCAUGUGCGUCAAUGAAAUAAAAAAAAAUAGAUGGAAAUGUAUAAAUUGUGUCAUAUAAGUAAAUAUAAUUAAUAUUUUCAGAGUUUGUAUAACAGCAUUCAUCUGGAAUAAAGAAAGUCAUAACUUAUUCGAUUUCGAGAGUCACCAAGCAUGCAGAAAAGAGUUAGAACUAGAUUUUUCAGGUAACCUUGUUCAUUAUUAUUUAGCUACACUUUCAAUGGUUGAUAAUUAAAUUAUAGCAUUAAGUGAGAAUGUAAAUUUAUUAACACUAUUAUAAAGGAGUAUGUAAAAAAACAAGUUCAGCUGCUUAGAGUUGAUUGUGAAUAAGAUUAUGUGACUCUAUCAGGAAUGAGCUAGAAAUCAGAUCAGAGGGUGUGGGCAAUACUAUGCCGAAGACCAGAGUUUGAGUCAUUGAAUGUAUAUAAAUAUAAAAGAAAAUAUAAAGGAAUGGGAACUGUAGAGAGGAGAUAUCAUCAAAUUGGGUAGAAUGAAAUUACAAUUAUUGGAUUUUAAUUAUGAUUUAGAUGCAUUACAAUAAUAAAGAGACUAAACAGAUAUUAAUGAUGAAGAAAUAUAGUCUUAAGAUUUAGACCCAGAUGGUUGUUAAUGUAGAAUUUGUUUCUAAAAAAAUGCUACAGUUUCAAACCCUCUUUUUAGUCCAUGCAAAUGUAAGUUUAUUUAAAUUAAAUUACAGGUAUUGGUUCCAUGAAAUAUGUUCAUCUUCAUUGCUUAUAAGUUUGGAUUCAAUAAUCAAUAAAAGUUAAAAAUCAAUAAUCCUCAACUUAAUACAUCUGGAAGAAAAUGGAAUGUGAAAUCUGCAAAAUGCCAUUAAAGAGCACCUACACAUAUCAAAGAUAAAUCUUUUGUAUUAUGCAAAUAUAGAAACCAAUUGUGCCUUAUAUGAUUUGGAAAAUUACUUCAGAUGAUAAAUCUAAAGAAGGCAUUAUCUAAGUUAUGGAACUCUAAGAUAGAGCAGAAAUUAAAAUUGGGAGAAUACCUGACUGUGAUAUUAAACUUAAAGAUAUAUCAGUAUCUAGAAGUCAUGCUAUAAUAAAAGUUAUCAAAUAAGAAGACAAUUAAUACAAACUUAUUCUACAAGACAAUAAUUCUAAAUUUGGAACCCUUUUAUAUGCCUAGUCUGAUAAAUUACUUAAGUACAAUUUACCAUCAUUGCAAAAAGUACUUUACUAAAUUGGAAGAGUCUUAGUAUACAUUCAAAUUAAGGAUAAAGGAAAGUCUUAUAAUAAAUAGUAAUUUAAAUUUCAUAAAUUUAGAUUCACUUGUUACAAACAUCCUGAUAAAAUAGUUGUUUAGACAAAAAUUAACUAAAAUGAAUAAGCUACAAUUAUUCCGAAUGUUGAAAAGGAUAAAGAUAAUUAGAUGUCCUUUUAGACUUAUAAUGAAUUACAUUAAGAGGAUAUCGUAAUUAAUGUAAAAUAAAUAUGA